AUGUCGGGCCAGGGAGACCAGCUGGACAAAAUGUCUGCUUUGGUGGCGGAGGUGGCUGCUCAGCUAGAACAAGUGAAGCUGCAAGGAGCACGACGUGAAGAGCAGCAUCAAGACCUCACAGAUCGCAUGACUCAGUUGGAAGCACGCAUGGAUGCCCCAGAGUCUUCGGCUGCCGUGCUCAUUCCGACUCAGCUGCAGCCACAGUCCUUCACAGCGCCGGUAGCACAGGGGGUAGACCUCAACGCCCCGGCCACGGUUGGGCAGUGCAUGGAGCUGGUGCAAAUGGCGAUGCAGCAGAAGGUCGCCCCUGCUCUGGGAGCCGUCUACUCCUCCUUGUCCACCUCACAGGUGAGGACCAACGAGCGAGUGAGCAACCUUGAGCAGCAGGUCCGGGCCCUUCGCAUCCGCACAGCCUGGGCCGAGAAGGACAUGCUCUUUGCUCAGAUCGAGCAGGCCAAACGAACCAUAGUAUGCCGCAACUUCCCCACGUGGCAGACGGAGGCGGACCGGCGCCUCACUGUGGAAAAGGCCCUUGCGAAAGCUGGGCUGUGGAACAUCGAUGGCAUGUGGGACCUGACCACGUCACGCCUGGACACCGGCACGCCGGGCAAGCUGGAGCUCUCUGACACGUCCAUCCUCACAGUCCCCUCCCUCACAGUCCGGAGAAGGAUGGAGGAGCACACGCAGGUGGAAGAAGCGAAGGACAGUCCUGAAGGGACGGCGGAGAAGACCACGGCAGACCCCUCACAGGCAGCCGGGUCCAAGGAGGAAGCCAAGACCUACGAGUACAAGGGUGGCGGUCCCGUGAAGCUCUCUCCUGGAGUCACACAGUUUGAACGCAGGCUUGCUUCGCCGGUUCAGGGACUCAUGAACGCCUACAGGGCGGCCUUCAGCAAGUUCGCCAAGGAGCCACUGGUGCCGAGGUGGAAGACCUUGGCCUUGGUCGACUCCAAGGAGGAGCACGCCGAGAAGCUCUUGGAGACCUGGCGCCGCAUCUGGUACGACCAAUUGCGACAGCAGGUCAACCAGACGACUGUCGAGCAGGAAGCUUUUGACAGUGCCGCCCGCCUCACAUCGCACAACUACGCAGAGGCCAAGAGACUCAGCAGGUUCCUGACCAAGGCCAUCCCAGAGUACAACGAAGGCGAGGACGAUGGAUUGGAUCACUGGAUCGCCAGGUUCCGGUAUGAGUUCCCAUGGCCGGUGAAGUUUGUACAUGUUCCACAGGAUGCCGAAGAGAGGACACACUUCACAGGACACAGGUCCACAGAAGAACUCAUGGAACAGAUGGCGGCUCAGGAACAGGAGGCUGCCUUCACAGUGGACUCGGCGAGCGGAGGUGUGGGGGCGAUGAUCGACGUGGUUUCCCAAGUGAAGCGCACUCACAGUGACGCCGCUUCCGCUGUCAGUGGCUUCAGUGCGGCCAGCAAUCCUAGCUCUGGGCUUGCUCCCCCACAGCUCACCAAGGCCAGGCCGAGCUACUACCCGUUCGGCUCACAGGUGGAGCUCGAGUCGAGGGCGCGGUAG